AUGUCGGCCGAAGCCCAGCCCAUCUCCGCGGAACGUUUCGCUCUAGCCAUACAAGAUCUUCCCGCCGAGAACUUGUACUCCAAGGCUCAGGAAAUCGAAAACUCCAUCGCCCACCUCGAACGCUCAAAUAAACAGCUUCAAGAAUAUAUCGACAGUAUCAAGUCAGACCAAAGCAUUCCAGAGAGCACGAGACAGGAAGGGGACAAAGACUGCUCGGAUGCAAUUCAAGAGAACCAGAUUGUGAUCGGUCGGCAGAGGGAGAGAGUAGAGCUGUUGAAGCGCGAGGUGGAGAGAAGAGGAGGGAAAUGGCACGAAGCAGACACAAACGGGAAGUCGAACGGGGCGUCAGAGGAGGCUGGAACAAGCACUACAGAAACCAGGAACGGAGGGGGCAGGCUGACCGACGAGGAAUUGCGGCGGCAGAUGAUGGAUCGGCUCGGAGGCGACGACGAUGAUAACAACGAGGACGGAAUGCAUUUGUGA